GGGCCUGGUAGGCUGGUCCUCCCCGCUCCAUGGACGGAUCCAUACACCACGACUCCAUCGACCGUCCCGCGAGGCCGGUGCGCCGCUCGGUCCGAUGCCUGUGCCACCUGGGAAAGAUUUUAAAGAGCGCCGAUGUGACCAAGCGUUCCAAUGCAGCACGUCAGAUCCGGGAGCUGCUGUCCAUCGAGCUGCCGUCCGUCACCCAGGCCGUCGUCGACGCCGGAAUGGUGCCCCCAUUAGUCGAGCUGCUGAAGGAGCAUACGCGGCCGCGCAUACAGCACGAGGCGGUAUGGAGCCUGACUAACAUAGCAAGCGGCACGUCCGAGCAGACCGCGGCCGUUGUGGAUGCAGGAGCCGUCCCCGCCCUCGUCCAUUUAGUUUCGUCGCCCGACGACCAAGUCGCCGACCAGGCCACGUGGGCGCUGGGCAACAUGCAGGAGAGUCUGCCGCCUUUCGCGAUAUGGUUCUCGAGGCGGGGGGUCUGCUGCCGCUGCUGCAGCUGCUUGAUGAGAGCCAGGAGAAGAUGUUCAUCCUCGACAACGGCACCUUCCUGUUGGAGCACCUGUGCGGCACUAGGCCUCUCCCGGAGUUCGACAAGGUGUCGGCCGCUCUUCCCACCCUCGCCAACCUCAUCAAGGACCACGACAGCGAAAGGGUGUUGACUAGCGCGUGCUAUGCGCUGUCGUGCCUCAGCGAGGGAGGCCAUGAGAGCGUGGAGGCCCUCAUCCACGCGGACGGGCUGUGCAGCCGGCUGGUGGAUUUGUUGCAGCACGAUAGCGAUGAUGUGGUCACCAAGGCCCUCGAGGCAAUCGGCAACAUAGCAGGGGGUGAGGGGGAGGAGGAAUAGGGUGGCACGACGACGGACUAUAUGUGCGUGAUUUUUUCAGGGGAUGAUCGUCGAACGGAUGCCAUGCUUGGGUGCGGUGUGCUGGCGAGCCUUCCUCUGGUCUUGUCGCCCAAGAAGGGCAUCCUCAAGGAGGCGUGCUUCACCGUGUCCAAUAUCGCUGCAGGUAAAUCGUGUGCACAGAACCCUUCCCUCCACUCAUUCAUUCACUGUCGUGCUAUUCUUCUCUCUCGUUAGGUACGGUCCCCCAGAUGCAAGGGCUGAUCGACGCCGGCCUGAUCCCCCCAAUGGUCGCCGUGCUGGCCAGCGAUGAUGAGAUGAGGAUCAAAGAGCAUGCCGCCCGGGCCAUAGCUAACUUCCUUGCGGGAGGCACACCCGACCAGGUAGUGAACCAGACAGAGGGAUGGAACGCGGAAUGAGCGGGAGGGAAAUGGAUGGCACAGAUGCCUAUGAAAGCGAUGGAUGUGUCGUGUGUGCAGGUGCAGCAUGUAGUGCAGUGUGGGUGUGUGAACCCGUUCUGUGGGCUGCUGGACGUAAUGGACGACGACGUUAUGUCCGUCGCGCGAGAGGCUCUGCAGAGCAUCCUACAGUACGGAACACAGGUGCAUGCCCGGUGAUCCAUGCGCACCUUCCUUGUCUGCUCGUUCCUUCAGGGACUACCAGACCCUGUGCUCGACUGUCAGCGCCAAGACCAGGUGACACAGGCGCAUACGAUAGACCCAUAGGCAGCCAUUCUUUUCUGUCGUCCUGUCUCUGUCGCUUCUUACAUAUCAGGCUGACGCGUACCGCACUGCUGGAGAUGAAGACAUCGGCAGAGGUGCAAGACUUCAUGAUGCGCAUCAAGCAGGAGAGCGAGCGCCUCGACAAGCUUUAUGAUGCUGCUGUAGACACAGCCAGGGGAUGAGCAAAGCUAGACAAGCGAGCCAAACCACCUCUCUGCCGCACCCGUCGUGUGCGUCGGUCUGUCUGUCUGUCAGAUGCCCUCCUUCAUCCUCUCCCUCGAUUGCCGGCUCGUCGUUCCCCGAUCAGGACCAGCAGCUCCAGGCGGCCGCCAGCAAACUCUUGAACGAGAUAAAAGAGUCAGCAAUGCCGAACAACCACACGAUUUGGCGCCUAUGGUAGUGUGUGCGUGCGCGUGUGUGUGUGUGUGUGUGUGUAGGAUGGAGCAACACAUAUCGCAGCUGAACCCGCCCCUCGCUGACGCAGCCCAGGCCUUCAUAGCCAUGCGCGUGGAGCUCGACCAACUCAGACAGCAAGGCCCACACCGAGGGCCAAAUGUGGACCGUUUGUUGGCGCUGCAGGGCAACGCCAGCGGCAUCGAGGCCUUCAAGCUCGAGAUCCGCGCCACCCAGCAGCGACUGAGCCAGCUGCUGGGCGAGGCAGAGCAGCGCCAGGGCACCUGCGUCAUCUGCUUGGAGCGGCUGCCGACAGUCGUCUUCUUCCCGUGCCUGCAGAGGUGCAUCUGUGACCCGUGCUGGGCCGACAUGCAGCGACAGCAGACCCCAGCGGAGCCCCUCAAGUGCCCGGCGUGCAGAGGGGUCUCGAUCCACGCCAGCAACGUGGACCACAUCAAGACAACCUCAUGAGUGACCGACCGUCUGCUUAGCAUUUCAUGGCAUCCAUGGCUGAGAUGGGUCGCACACGCACUCUGCAGAUAGAUGCACAUGUGACGAAGGAGACAGUGG